AUGGAACUCGCUGAGUCAGUCUGUACGCAGGCCUCUGCAGAUGUAGAGAGCGGGACUGCACGAGGGCACCCUGCCUCUGAAGAAGGGGGCCCCCCGUCCCCUUCUGCUGGUGCAGGUGUUGCACCUGAGGGCCCAGGCUGCUCCUCUUGUUCUCGGGAAGGGCAGGCGCAGCCGGCUUACUUCUCUCGGUUGUGCGUACAGCUGGUGAUUGUCGCUGCUGCCGUGGUAUGGGCGCUUGUGCUCCUGGUUCGCCGCCCGGUAGUGAGGGGGGCUUUUUGCAAUGACAGGGAUAUCUCCCUUCCUUAUCUUAGUCAGUCUAUCUCUUCUCUGGAUGUCUUCUGGAUCGGCACUGCCUUGCCGGCCUUCAUUAUCAUCCUGGUGGAGCUGCUGCUCUCAGCUGUGCGUGCUACGCAAGACAAGGAGCAGCAGCAGCAGCAGGCGGUAGUGGUGCUACGCAGAAGAAUGCCUGAGACUGUUGUGCAGAUAUACACAUACUGCGGCGCUCUGGGUCUGUCUUCUGCUUUUGUUUUUCUCGUAACUAAUGCUAUAAAAGCAGCUGUUGGGUCUCUGAGGCCGCACUUCCUGGCAGUGUGCCUCCCGGACUGGAGCAGGUACCGGCUGGUGUGGCAGCAGGGAAGCACCGCUCCUAAGCGGCACCUGCGGCAGAAACAGACGCGUUGGGGCGUUGCUGCAGAACAACUUUAUUGGGUAUUACAAGCAGCUGCUCCUUUGGUGCAGUUCGUGCUGCUGAUGCUUGCGCUGAUGUUGCAGCAUCCGGUCAAGCAAUCAAAAUAA